CUCAUAUCUAUACCCUUCUAGCUAGAGAUGCGCGAUCACGUCGUAGGAUGGAAUGAGCACGAUCCACAACGUCCUCCACCCGGGCGCUAGGCCGAUUGCCGUGUCCGAGUUUAUCGAUGCGGUGCGCGCCACUUGCAAGCCCCGUUUCCCUCAGGCGAGGGGGAUACGGCGUAGACCUGUCGCCAUCGCUGUCAGCGGCGGCGUCGACUCCAUGGCCCUAGCCUUCCUCUGCUUCCAGUCGCGCAAGAGUAACCCCGACAUCAUGAUCGCCGACAACCCCGUGUCCGGCUUCCGCGGCUUCAUCAUCGAUCACGGCCUCCGCGCCGCCUCGGCCGGGGAAGCUAACGCGACCUGCGCCGCGGUUAAGAAGAUAGGCUUUCCCGCCGAAGUCCACCGGCUCCGCUGGACCAGCAUCCUCGGUUCUUACGGCCACCCCAGCGAACUGCCCAACUUCGAGACUGUCGCCCGCACGCUUCGCUAUCGGAAACUGGGCGCCAUGUGCGCCAUUCGGCGCGCUGGCAGCCUCCUCCUCGCGCACCACGAGGACGACCAGUACGAGACGGUCCUCAUGCGCCUGCUGCAGGGGCACGGCAGUCGCGGCUUGCAAGGCAUGAAGGAGGCCUGCAAUAUCCCCGAGUGCCAGGGCCUGUUCGGCGCCCACGGCAGCGGUUUCGUCGACGACCAGCGCCUCAGCGAGCCCUUCUACAACAUGAAGCCGACGCGGAGCGAGCGCAACAGGAUACGCAGCCAGCUCAGGUCGCACUUCGACGGUCCCCCAGACCACGCAGAGACGCAAGAGGCCUCUGUGGCCGGGAUCAGCGAAUUCGACGCCGAGACGUUCUAUCUGCCGAAAAUACAGAAGCCCAUAGUAGAUAUAGGCUUCCGUACGAAACAAGACAAGGGCGUAGAGCUUCCGCAGAAUGUCGAAGUCGAAGACGGCGGGAUCAUGAUCUACCGGCCCUUGCUAGAGUUUAGCAAAGACCGGCUGAUAGCGACGUGCUUAGAGAACAACAUUCCGUGGUUCGACGACGCGACGAACCGAGACCCCACGCUUACGAUGAGAAACGCUAUCAGGCAUAUGUAUAAGGGCUAUACCUUACCAGAAGCUCUGCAGAAACCCGCUAUCCUAGCGCUCGCGAAGAGGUGCCGGCGAAGAGUCCAGAUCCAGGAGGCCGAGGCCAAAAGACUCCUGGCUCGGGUUAUUGUCCACGAUCUUAUACCGCAUUCCGGCAUGGUGACGGUCCAUUUCCCCCAGUCCGCGCCACGCCAGGCCGAGAGGGAUCUCCGCUCGCCGGAGCGCCGCCGGGCGCGCAUCCUGAAACAGAGAGAAAUUGCUGCCAUCGUCAUGCGCAAAAUCCUCGAGCUCGUGACCCCGGAAUCAGAACUCACCCCCCUAGUGAACCUUGAAAACCUCGUGCCUCGGCUCUUCCCGUCUCUUGCCUUGCCCGAGGAGGCGACGGCGAUAUAUCAUCCCCCGAAGGCUUUCAACGUCUGCGGCGUCCAUCUCGUGCCGACGCAGUCCGGCUCGGGCCCACCCGGCUGGCUCCUCUCGCGCGCGCCGUACCAGUCCACCCUACCGCUGCCGCGCGUCCGCACGCAGUACUGGGCGGUCAAGCCGGCGGACGGCGUCCGGGGCAUGACGCCGCACCCGCUGUGGCAGCUGUGGGACAACCGGUUCUGGAUCUGGAUCCGGCACCGGCUGCCGUACCGGGUGGUGGUCCAGCCGUUCCUGCUGGAGCACGCCAAGCCGUUCCGGGAGUCGCUCGCGCCCGCGGACCGCCGGCGGCUCGCCGCCCUCCUCGCGCGCUGCGCCCCCGCCAAGGUCCGCUACACCCUCCCCGCCCUCUACCUCGAGGAGCCGCUGGACCUCGGCAGCCCCGAGUUCGCGCCGCGCCCCGGCUACCCGUGCCCCGAGGACCCGACCCGCUCGCUGCACCCCGGCGUGCUGGACCCGGCGCGCAUGCAGCUCAUCGCCCUCCCCUCGCUCCACCUCAGCGUCCCGCACGUCGACCGCUGGCUCACGUACGAGGUCCGCUACCGGCACCCCGGCCGCGAGACCCUCGAGACGGCCGGGACGUUUCGCCGCGGGAUCGGGUCGGGCGGCGGCGGCGGCGGCCGAGCGGUGGUGGGGAGAAGAAGGGGGUCCCCAUCGCGACAGAGAGCCCGCCGAGCCCGCCUGAAACGCGCGAUGGCGGCGCAAGAAAUAGAGUCAAGACAGUGUAACAUUAGCCAGGCAGAACCACCCACGCUCUAUGGAAUCGGUGUGUCGUAACCGAGAGCCGUAGAAUCGGCUACGCGAAGCUUUUACUCAGAUCUAAGAGGGCUCUUGGCUGCUGGGUUGGGCCGCGCCGAGCUCGCUUGGGGUCGCUGGCGCGGGUAUAGCGCCUUAGCAUUACCUAA